CAAUGCUACAGUACUCUUCCCCAAAAGCGCAUCUUUAUUGCUGCACGGAUCGGAUGAGUUCCUGCUUUUGCGGAAGCGAAAUUGCUAGCGCUAGAGAGCAAAUAAGCUUGCAAGGGUGGAAGAAAAGACACCAUAAAAUUAAGUGAAAAAAAUAGGAAAAAUACAUCCAUCUACCGAAAGCCCGUCGAGGAGAUGGGGGAUAAGGCCGGCACCAGAGUCUUUAAGAAGUCAAGCCCCAACUGCAAGGUCACAGUAUACCUGGGAAAGAGAGACUUUGUGGAUCACCUUGACCAGGUGGACCCAGUCGAUGGUGUGAUCCUAGUGGACCCUGAGUAUCUGAAAGACAGGAAAGUGUUUGUGACCCUGACGUGUGCGUUCCGCUACGGCCGUGAGGACCUGGACGUGCUGGGCCUGUCUUUCCGGAAAGAUCUGUACAUCUCCACCUUCCAGGCCUUUCCCCCCAUCGCAGAGGAACGCAAAGCCAACAGCCGCCUGCAGGAGAGACUACUGAAGAAACUGGGCCAGCAGGCACACCCCUUCUACUUCACUAUUCCCCAGAACCUGCCGUGCUCAGUCACCUUACAGCCAGGACCAGAGGACACAGGGAAGGCAUGUGGGGUUGACUUUGAGAUCAGAGCGUUCUGUGCCAAAUCGAUAGAGGAGAAGAUUCACAAACGGAACUCUGUGCGGCUGGUGAUCCGUAAGGUGCAGUAUGCCCCAGAGAAGCCUGGGCCUCAGCCCAUGGUGGAGACCACACGGAGCUUCCUCAUGUCGGACCGCUCACUACACCUGGAGGCCUCUCUGGAUAAAGAGCUCUACUACCAUGGAGAACCCAUCAGCGUGAACGUUCAUGUCACCAACAACUCCACCAAGACUGUCAAAAGACUCAAAAUCUCAGUGCGACAGUAUGCUGAUAUCUGUCUGUUCAGUACGGCUCAGUACAAGUGUCCAGUGGCUCAGGUGGAGGCAGAUGACCAGGUGUCGUCUAGCUCUACGUUCUGUAAGGUGUACACCCUCACACCCACGCUAGACAAGAACCGGGAGAAGAGAGGCCUUGCCCUGGAUGGAAAGCUCAAACACGAGGACACCAACCUGGCCUCCAGCACCAUUGUUAAGGAUGUGACUAACAAGGAGGUUCUUGGAAUCCUGGUGUCCUACAGGGUCAAAGUCAAACUGGUAAUAUCUCGUGGAGGGCUGCUGAGUGGCGUGUUAGAAAGAGAUGUGUCGGUGGAGCUGCCCUUCGUCUUAAUGCACCCUAAACCCACAGAACUGCCCAUAUCCCGCCCACAGUCAGCUGUGCCGGAUUCGGACCCUCCCAUCGACACCAACCUGAUAGAAUUUGAAACAAAUUUCUCCCAAGACGACGACUUUGUGUUCGAGGACUUUGCUCGCCUGCGGCUCAAAGGAAUGGCUGACGACAAGGACGACGACUGCUAGAGCUCACGUGUGUGUGUGUAUGUAUGUAUGUAUAUAUAUAAUACACACACACACACAGUGGAAUGAAGGCAUGUGGACGGAGAGAUGUGGUGGCCUCGUGGUCUGCUGAAAAGAUGUCACUCAGUGUUCAUUUGGGGGGUGGGAAACACAGCACCAUGUAAAUGGACUUAAUGUUGUGCCAUGGCGAUGCUGACUGAUUGAAAUGUCAUGGCUGUUCACACCGAGGAAGAAAUAGUGCCAUUAAAAAGGAAGCGGGCUUUAUAUCAUUUUUCCACCAAUAAUGAUUUAAAUAAGUAUUUCUACAAAUAUUGAUCACCUUGGUCAAGUAUUGAUAUAAAACAAAGUUGAGUACCUGCUUAAGAGGGGAGAGAAGGGAAAACAGACUGACACCUUUCAUCUGCCCCAUCUUUUCAUUCCUCUGAAAUUCUACCAUGUCAUCCAUUCUGUAAAAAAACAUGUUUUAGAGGAAGUUUGAUUCACCCUCUUCUGCAAUAUGAGGACAGACUAUACACUACCACUUAAGUAAAUGUGCACAAUCUGGACCCUCACUGUAAAGCCUAGGGCACGCGUAUUCAACUCUUACCCUACGAGGUCUGUAGCCUGCUGGUUUUCUGAUCUACCUGAUAAUUAAUUGCACCUGCCUGGUGUACCAGAUCUAAAUCAGUCCCUGAUUAAAAGGGAACAAUGAAAACAAGCAGUGGCACUGGCUUCGAGGUCCAUAGUUGAGUUUGAAGGGCCUAGGGAUACUCCUUAUAGUCCGCCUCAAUGCAGCAGCAUGACGUUCACUUCCCCAUUUCGCUCAGACACUUGCACAUGGUCUAAGAGCAUGAAUAAUUUCUCUCCUGUGCUAAAUUCCAAAUCAUCAACCCCUCCAUUGGCACUGAAAGGACUGGAUAGGUGUAUGUAAUGUAGGAAAAUUCAAACUAACCAAUCAGAAGGCAGGGUGAAGCAAUUACCAUAAUAGCCAUACCUAGCCGAUCCGAGAAGUGCCUAGUGACAGGGCUAGCUAUGGGUCAGUUUGAGAUUCAGCAUCACCUUGGCAGUGCAACAGCAGUACCAAUGGAGCAUAUUUUUCAGCAGUGCUAUGAACUGUUGUUUUGCUUCUAUGGGGUACCUGUUCACAGCUCUGCUAAGUGUGAAUAUUUAGAAGUGUUGCCACUGAGCUGAGUGCCAUAAUGUCUACAGGAAGGAUACUGAUAUGAUUUUGGUGGAACAUGACAGGAAACAAUGAAUAUUAUUACUACUGUGUCAUUACCAUGAUUAUUCUCAAUCAUUUAAGGAAAAAAUUGUUUGCCAUUUGUUUUUCAGAAUUUUAAUUUUUUUAUUAAAGGCAAAAUGAAUUCA